GGCUGGUCUUCCCUUCCGGGUUGCCCUGCGCGUCCCCGCCGCUGCUGCUGCUGCUGGUCCCAUCAUGAUUUUCUUGCUGGCUUUCUUUGCCAGCAUCUUCCAGACAGCUUUUACGGGCGUGAACGAACGCACUUUCCUUGCCAUCAAGCCAGAUGGGGUACAGCGGCAUCUGGUUGGCGAGAUCAUCCGGCGCUUUGAGAAGAAAGGCUUCAAACUGGUGGCGAUGAAGCUCAUGCAGGCUUCGGAAGAGUUGCUGAAAGAACAUUACGCCUCUCUCCGUGAGCGUCCUUUCUUCAGCCGCUUGGUGAAAUUCAUGAGUUCGGGACCGAUUGUGGCCAUGGUCUGGCAAGGGCAGGAGGUAGUCAAAACUGCACGCAUGAUGAUUGGGGAAACCAACCCAGCCGAUUCGAAACCUGGAACCAUCCGAGGAGAUUUCUGCAUUGAAGUGGACAAGAACGUGAUUCAUGGCAGUGAUUCGGUGGAGACCGCUCAGCGAGAAAUUGCACUCUGGUUUCAUUCUGAGGAGCUGAUCUGUUCUUCGAAAGAUAGCAAAGAGCACUGGAUUUACGAAUAACCAUUAAAAAAUGAAAUCUCAGGGGUUGCUCUUGGGGUCCGGACUUCCCCCAUCUGGGAAUCUUCUUGAAUGUAUUGCACACUGACUCGUGUCAAAUAAGAACCUUGGUUGAGAAAACCUGUUCCAGCAAUGAGUCGAAUAUUAAUUAGAAUAAUAUCCAUGAGCUACGAAAGCACAAACACGCAGAAGUCUUCCAAUAAGAUAUUCUUCUUCAAAUAUCCCUCUUACAUUAAGUUUUUCACUCCCAUUUCUUAUUUGGCUUGUUUCGUUGCUUGAACUGUCUGGCCAAAGCUGGGGAACGUUUCUUUAAUCUUUCAUCUAAAUUCUCCAAAAAUUCACUCCCAAGAUAAAAAGAGAGUAAUGUAGCUGGUGUUUGACUGCCAAGCAACGAAAAUAACUUGUUCCCAAUUAAUAGGAGGCAGAGGGAACAAAGCCUUAUGAUCAAUGUUUUUUGGAGUUUUUUUUUUUUUUUCAGUUUAAAUGCCAAGGCUAAUCUCAUUCUCUUUAAGGGGCAAGAAAGAGUGAUGGUUGAAAAGGCAGACUUUCUGGCACUGUAGUUUGAUUUUUUUUCCCCCACCUGUCUAAAAAAGUAUUAAAAACUCACUUUAGAGUUUUUAAUACUUCAGAAUCAGCAGAAUUGGGAGCAUAAAAAUGUAUGGAAAAAAAUGUAUAGAACAGGGAACAAAUGAAUGCCUACUUAAAAGAGAGAGAGAUCUGCAAGAUUUUUAGAUUUCUUAUGCUAUUAAGUUACCAACUGGAAUGCUGGAAUGAGAGACGCACAGCUCUUAUUUGCAAAUAUUUUCCAAGGAUAUUUGUUUGUCUGUACAAGCCUAUUGCUUUUCAACAUAGCAUUUUUUAAUUAUUAUUUUUUUUUGUAAAAUAAACGUGGGAAAGAUACCCAUUUUCAUUC